UCUACUUCAAGGGCUAUGCAAAACGUGUUUGAUGAUUGGAUUAAUUCGUCGGGAACCGUACAACCUGAACUAAGAUCAAAUCGUGCAUUUGGCUUCACACACCUAAAGAAACGGAAAUCCGAACCGAUCGCUCAUAGUAUGGCCACAGUGACAAAAACCUUCACAAAACUAGAAACCCUUGAAGAAAAACGCCGUAGAAAGUCAACCGAGGAAGCUUUAACAUCCCCUAAGUCCUUAGUUUUACCGCAAAAGAAGCGGGUAUUACCCCCCAACCCGUCUAGCAGUCCAAUAAAGAAGAGUCAAAAACUUAGUUCGAGCCCCACAGAUGAAAAUGCGGCUGAUGAAACUUUAAUACGUGAAACCGAAGCUGCUUUAAAGAAUUUAGGAAGUUGGCCCGGCAACAGAGGGUCACAAUAUGCAACCCAAAAUGAGGAAUCCCCCGCUUUUGAAAACCUUUUUGACGAGAAGAAGUCAGCCGUUAAAAUGUCCCCCUCCUCGGCAUCUAACUCUAGCACCGAUAACCCUUCUUGUACGUUAAAAGACGUCAUAACCUUAAGGGAGGAUGAUAAAUCCGAUAAUUUAAAGAGCAAAGUGGUCAGGAUAAAGCAAGAGGUCAUAGAGGACCCGAAAGACAAAGAAAAAAGCGACUAUCGCCCCCCAGAUUUUAACGAACUGGUGGACGACUCAUCCAAUGAACUGGAAAUAGACAUGUCAGAAGCAGCUUCGGAAAAAAACGAAUCCAGUGAUAAGUCAGACACUGACAGUAGUAACAAAGAAAGGAGAAGGGAUGACUUUAAAUUAACAGAGCGACCAGGUUUUUCAGCAUUUACCAGGCACCCUGGUGCCAGCUCUUUGACCUCACCGUUUUCCACAACAUCAGCUUUUAGACCACCGCAACCUAGCAACAAAAACUUGACCAACUUAGGUCCAUUUCCAGCGGAGGCGACCUUCGUAGGAUACCCGACGAUCGACCAAACGACCACAGCCGAAGAUAAACCAAAAAAUAUCCUGAAACCGGUUGAAACCGUGUCGGAAACGGUUCCGGUAAAAUCACCGGAAACGGCUAAUAAACAAUAUACCAUCUUGCAACCGGCGAAUUUGAGGUCAAGGAGUUCCAUUCAAGAUUCUGCAAGACAAGUGCCAUCUAGUGGUUCUGAAGAAGUCGAGGGCACUAAGAUUACUGUCACUACAGUUGGUGGCAGUUUGUCGCCGAAUAGUAUAGGAAGGGAGGGAAGUAAGUGCCCUACUCCAGGAUGUGCAGGUCAAGGCCACGUGACUGGGUUAUACUCCCACCAUCGAAGUCUUUCUGGAUGUCCGCGAAAGGAUAAAUUAACGCCAGAAAGCAAUCCGGCCGACUUCAACUCCUCAUCUUCCUCAUAUGACGGAGGCAAAAAAUCCCCAGCUCCAAAAGAAGAUAACAAAUACUCCUCUUUUUCAUCUUCAUCCUCGUCUUUGCCCCCCAAUGAAGACAAGCCGAGCAGUGCGUACAGCCAAUAUUACAAUGGAAAAACCAACUUGGUGAAACCAGACCCGAUGAAAGUACCAAAAAGUGAGAUGCCCAGUAGUACGAGUAGUUGUAACAUUUCAUGUGAAAAUCAACCGGAACUAGUGGUACCUAAAACAGAAAUAACUACUCCAUCGUGUCGAUCACCACCAGUGAAUUUACGAUCAGCUUAUGAACCUUAUAUGAAUCAAGACUCAAACUCUUCUUCUAUAUCUAGUAUGGAGGCGAUGAGCUCACGAAUACCUCAUCAUUUGCAACAUUUGAGUCCACACCCUGGCUCUCAUCCAGGGUAUAGUAUGGAACAUCAAAUUCCACACAGAUCCCCAUAUCACCACUCACCUAUUGCAGAAGAAAUGUAUCACAGAGAGCGAGCUUAUCAGGAAAUGAAUGAGCCAGUGACCACUAUAGCGCGGCCAGUAGUGACGUAUUCAAAUGAUUUGGUCAAUAGGUCAUAUGAUUCUUCUUUAGUAAAUUCUGCUAGCCAUAGGCCAUAUGAUCCCGGUACUAAUACAGGAUUUGAAAGGUAUGAUUCUGGUCAAUGUGUUCCCCUUCAGCAAUCAUUGGGACCACCAAGAGUCCCUCCACAGGGUAUUUAUAGUUAUAUGGAGGAUUCACAAGAGCACAGAUAUCAGCAAGAAGCCGUAGCUGCGCAACAGCAUCAAUUAGCAGUGGCCAAUGCUCAAAGCAUGCUGAAACAGGAGGACCAAGAAUCACCUGCUGGACCUUUGUAUCCAAGGCCGAUGUAUCAAUACGACGCGGCAAGUGGGGCCCCCCUCCCAGUGGGGUUUUCCGCCAUAAACUUAUCUGUAAAAUGUGUGACGACCGCUCAGGCGGUACAAAUGAAGGGCAGUGGGCCCCACACGUCCCCGGGGGGCACUGUUAUUGAUUUAAGCACAUCCAGCGUCACGACGACCAGUCCGCAGGUGGCCUAUGGAUCCCCUCACUAUGGUAACCAAAGGGUUGGUGGUAGUCCUCAAGCUGCCGCUAGCCCUCACUUAUCCGCUAGUCCCCAAGUACCAAGUCCUCAAGGACAAACACUGGAUUUGAGUGUUAGUCGAUUAUCCCACAGUGUUAGACCUUUUGGUGCCACUGGUCCGCCACCAGGAGUCCUAGCCCCUGCUCCAGGCUCUGGCUACAGCAGAGAAUCGACCCCAGAUAGCGGUGGGUCACAUUAUAUGGAUGCCUACAGUCGAGAACCAUCUGCUUAUGGGUCAAUGAGUCCUCAUCCAGGCUACAGCAUGACGUCUGUACCAUCCGAUUAUACUUCCAACCCCUAUUCAGCACCAUAUCCUACAACAGCUGGAUAUCCUUGCGGUCCAGGGUAUCCUGGACCUGUCACCACCGGAGGUUAUCCAGUUCCUCCUGGCAGCUACUCGCCUGGAGCAUGUUACUCGAUGCCUCCUCCACAACAUUCUUUGUCGCAGCAUGAUAAGCCUUCAAAUAAGGAUGGCCUCUCUGGCUGCCCACGACCUGACAGGACCCAAAUCCAAACCCAUUCGCAAGAGCUGAAAUGUCCAACCCCAGGGUGUGACGGAUCCGGACACGUCACAGGAAACUACUCGUCCCACAGGAGCCUGUCUGGAUGUCCAAGGGCCAACAAACCGAAGAGCAAACCGAGAGACGGUCAGGACUCAGAACCUUUACGAUGCCCGAUCCCAGGGUGUGAUGGAUCAGGACAUGCCACAGGGAAGUUUCUGUCUCAUAGAAGCGCAUCAGGAUGUCCGAUAGCAAACAGGAACAAGAUGCGGGUGCUGGAGAGCGGUGGUACUGUAGAGCAGCAUAAGGCGGCUGUAGCCGCUGCUACAGCCAUGAAAUUCGAGGGAGUAAAUUGUCCCACUCCAGGAUGCGACGGUACCGGACACAUUAACGGUUCUUUUUUAACGCAUCGGUCCCUUAGCGGUUGCCCCCUUGCUGGGCAGACGGUCAAGAAGAGCAAAUACCCGGAGGAUAUGCCGUUUUAUGCUAAGGGAUACACAGGAAUGGAACAAAACCCAAACAACGGUGAAGAUCUUAUGACGUUGGAAGCUGAAAUAUCGGAACUUCAGCGCGAAAAUGCCCGGGUAGAAUCACAAAUGCUCAAACUAAAAUCUGACAUUAACGCUAUGGAAAGUCAUUUGACGCAUGGCGAGAAGGAAACUCAGGCGCUUACGCAGCGCAGCUCGAACCUCAAUGAGUACUACGAGAGUCUACGCAACAACGUGAUCACCCUCCUGGAGCACGUACGACUCCCGGGUGGCGGUACUCAGCCCGAGAAAAUCGGCCAGGAGAACUUCGACUCCUAUUUGACCAAAUUGCAAACCCUGUGCACUCCCGAGGGAUACUGCGACGAGAACAGGCCGUUAUACGAGACGGUUAAGUGCGCCCUACAGGAUUUUACGGUGUUGCCGACGCCUAUUUAGAUGUUUAGAUGAGAACCUUUUGCCGUGUAUUUGUGUAAACCUACAUCCCAAGUUUGAAAGGAUUUGUUACACCCAUGGUUUACGUUUUGUUGUUUUCUUAGUUGUGACAUUUUCAAUCAAUCAAUACUUCUUAAACGUAAUGGACAAAACCACUUUUUAGACCACAAUAGAUGCAGUUUCAAGACUUUCCCAAUAAAUAUGCAUAACUUAGAUAAACGCGAUUCUCCUUUCUUUAAAAGUUACUUAAAGAAAAAUUUUGGACACUAAACAGCAAUUACAACUCUAGAAUCUAAAAAGAAAUAAUUUUUAAGACUACCCCCAUAAAGAAAAUCACCUUUCAUAGAGUAAUUUAUAGCUACAGCCCUACUUGUCUACUUAAUAAGCUUUUUUUACCUCGUAUUAAAAAUAAAAUCCUGUAUAAUGACCAUUUAUUUGAUAACAGAUAUGGAAAUUCUUGAACCCUGUCCUUCACUAUUUUUUAAUCUCUUCUGACUUCUAAAGUUUCCAAUAUUUUUAAAACAGGGUUAAAAUUAAAAAACCCGUGGUGCUAAGACCCUUUCAAACAUGAAACCAACCCAAACCCUUUAAAAAAAAUAUGAUAAACAUAAAAAAAGAAUCUAGCGCUAAAUUAUAUGUUCUUAUCGAUAUGUCUAGUAACUAAGCCAUUAUAAACCAUUUGUACGUAAUGUUAAAUUGUGAUCUCUGUAUAUAUUUAGGGAUUAAAUGAAACUGUAUAAAAAAAGUA